GGCAUGCGUCGUAAGUGUGCGACUCCGGUCUCUAAGCAACGAAGGGAGGCGUCCGAGAUGACCGUGGAUCAGUUGAUAAUUUUGUUGUUGCUUCUGGUGUCGGUCUUGGGGAAGGCUGAACCGGAGAAAGAAAAUGAUACCCUGUACUCGGAGGAAGAGCCCUCCGAGAAGGCUGAAUCAGAGAAAGAAAAUGAUACCCUGUACUCGGAGAAGAUGGGGCCCAACGAGACACCCGAAGUUUGGAGGGAAGAGAGAGCCGGACACAGAAUGGGCUCUUUGUCAAUUUGCCCCUGUGACCUGCACCCAGGCUUCUGUGACCUCAACUGCUGCUGUGAUUCAAAAUGUGGCUCAGAAUGUAGCAUGGGCGGCUCUGAGUGCCCCUUCUCCUUCUGUCUUCCAGGCAGCACCAGGGCUGUGAGUCGGAUGUGUUUAGAGAAAUCUCUCAUUUUCCGAAAUAACACCCCCUACUUCACUGAAAUAGUUCUCGAUUCUAGUAGAUGUACACUGCUGUUCUGCGUGCAGUUAAAUAACUCAAAACUGAAUUAUUUCCAAAAGCCACAGAUGAUUACAAAAGAAAACUUACCAAUAUUGUCGGCACAAUAUGGAAGGCCAUCAUUCAUUUUGCCAGAACAAACUGAGCCAUCUCCAUCUACCUUUUACCGGGCAGGUGAUCCAAUCCAGAUUUACUUUGCUGCUUCAUCUAUAUUGAGUGUACUCAAACAACCAGCAAGCAUGUUUGCCAACACACUUUGCAGUGAUGGAAAUCCUGCUGGUUUUCUGGAGAGCAAAAGCACAAGCUGCAUUCGCAUCUUUACUAACCUGACAAGCAGUUGCACCACUGAUCCUGCACUGAAUGCAGCUUCAUACUACCGUGACUUCAGUGUGCUGAAGGUCCCAGUCAACUUGACUGUUUUCCAGCCCUCACAGGUCAAGAUCAUUCCUGUCUCAGUACCUGCAUCUCCCAUACUGAUUGGCAACACAUGCUACAAUGUUGUUUCUGAGGUGAUCUAUGCAGUGGAAUUCAAUGGUAUCCAUGGAAUUCAGAAUAUUUCUGUCCAGUUUAAAGUGGGCAACAUAUAUGGAAACACGAGAUCCAUACUACAACAGCGUUUUUCACUGACUUUUUGGAAUAAAAGCCCUUCUUUCGCCAAACAGAGAAGUGGGAAUCCUGGAUAUAUCAGUGGAGCACCACUAGUAGCUUUAUGCAAUGGCACUCAGCAAUAUGUAACCAUUUUACAGAAUCAAGAUAAUGGACAAUGCUCAGAGAAGAGAUACAGUAUACUGUUUAAAGAGAACGUGAGGACUGCCUGUCAGUUCAAUGCAUCCAUUAAGCUGGAAGAAGCAAACUGUAGCCACUUGCAGGAGGGUAUAUAUCGAACAUUUCAAGGGCCACAUAACCCGGACAAGUUGGCCAUAACUGGCAAUGCUAAUACAAGCCAGCCAGGAGAAUGGAAUAGCAUCUUCACUCAAAGAUGUGCCAUGCAGGAUGGGCAUUGUAUGAUUCCUAUUUCCCUGGAGAUCCAAGUGAUAUGGGCCCAGGUGGGCCUUCUGUCAAACCCACAAGCUCAGGUUCUGGGAGCCCGGUACCUUUAUAUCUGUAAGCCUCUGCAGUCCCUAGGCAUGUAUAUGAACAUGUUACCAUUGACGACUACAGUUGCCUUCACUGAUGUCACCAAGCGGCCAGAGUCACCACAUAGCCAGCCCAAAGCCUACUGGAAACUUCCAUUUGAUUUUUUCUUCCCUUUCAAAAUGGCUUUGGAUGGUGUUGGGAGCAUUUCAGGAAGCCAAACUAGCACCCUGCUGGUGACCUUAACGUUGUGUGGAGUGUUUGUCUUGUGAACUGAAGAACCAUAUGUCUAAUGGAGGGAACAAGAUCUGCAAGGCUCAUAUCACAGCGAUUGUGCUUUCUGUGACCUAGCCUGUAAUUAAGAUUGAUGGCUCCAUGGAUUACUCUAGAUAAAGUUAAUCCUUCCAGUGGAAGGAGCAGUGUGGAACCUAUCCAUUAUAUGCCCAAGACUCUUGGAGUCUAGUCUGUUUUCAUGGGCUGAAGAAUUACCAGCCCAUGUUAUGUGUACAUAUCACCAUAGCCAAAAUUUGGCUUUUACCUGCACUGUGGUAAUCAUUAACAGUUGUGCCAUAAGUGAUUAUGUUGUGUCUCUUCAUGAGUGUGUUCACCUUACAAACUCACUGAGGAAUCUAAAGUAGUACUAGCACAAUUUGCUCUCAAAAACAUAUUUAGGAAAUGCUUUCAAGUGAACAUAGGAGUCUUUUGAUCCCCAAACUUGAACUCUUACAUUUUAUUUUGAAAGAGGAGUUACUAUCAAGUAUGUAAAUUCAAGUAUGUUUUCCUUGGGACAUUUGGUACGUCACAACUUUGAAAUAAAAAAAUAGUACUCUAUCUA